AUGGCCAAACGCAGUCCGUUCGUCUCGCUCGGUCAGAUGGAGCAGUCUCUCGGCUAUGAGCUGACGAGCUCGCCGGAAUUCCGUCAUGACGUGCAGCGCUUUUACUCGGACCUGACUCCGGUACUAGAGAGCAUAUACGACCAGACUCGAAAGGAGCUCGAGGAGCAUCUCAGCGCAAAACGUCGUCCAGACUCGGCUGCGCAUGAAAUCACCCCUGUCGCGGGGGCAGCCUUUCUUAAGCUCCCCAGAGAACUUCGCGAUAGGAUUUACACAUACGCCAUACCCCGACAGGAAUGGAAAGUGGUCAACGCGGACUAUCUCGGAGGUGUCAACCUGGCUGGAGGCCUUGGUGACCCGACUGGCUUCUAUUUUCCACUUAGGAUCGGUCUGAGUCUUAUCAACCUCAACCGACAGAUACGCACAGAAGCCCUCCCACUGGUACAUCGCAGGACGAUGUUCCGCUUGGGUGACAUGGACGACUUUAUCAAGCUCGCCAUUACAGUCGGUGAGGUCGGUCGCGAGAAUAUUGAAUCCCUUGAGUUUGCAUGGCAGAGCAGAAGUGAUAUAGAAGCUACUGUCGAGAACGAGCCAGAUAUCGAGGACCCCUAUGGCAAGCCACCUACUCUUCAUGCUGUGAGGUGUGUACAGCUUCUCCGUCAGUUGAAACGACUCAGAUUUCUGCGUCUCAUCUUUCCGGAUGACCUCGUUUCCAAUAAAACGGAUGACGAAAUAAAGCUCAACCCCGGGAUUCAGGGCCUUUUCUCGAUUCGCGGUAUUCAGACGGUCGAGGUUCGAAAUGAGCACAGCGUGUCAUUAGAAAAGGUUGACGUGCUGAGGGACCUUAGACAGAGAAUGGAGUCU